AGCCUGCUGCUAUCGGAUCUGUGAUGAUAUGUGAUCUCCUGGAUACAAUCACACACACACACAAGUACCAGGCACUCCUGCUCAGCUGAGCAAAAUGUCUUUCUCCUAGAAGUGGUGCUCAUCCCCGCGCUCAGAGCCUUGACGAUGUUGCCAUGCUUCCCUUCCUGCCUCCUGCCUUUUGCUGCCUUUGCCUGCCUGCUUUUCCUGCCCGGGGGUCAUCUCUGCCCUGCUGCCUGUAGCUGUAUGGACUACCACACCAUAGACUGCCGGGAUCAAGGACUCCCAAGUGUUCCUAAUCCCUUUCCAUUGGAUGUACGGAAACUCCUUAUAGCUGAUAACAACAUUCAGGCGAUACCAGCUGAUUUCUUUAUAUUUUAUGGAGAUCUAGUCUAUUUGGACUUCAGGAAUAACUCCCUCACCUCUUUAGAAGAGGGCACUUUUAGCAGCUCUACCAAACUGGUGUAUUUAGACUUAAGCUACAACAAUUUAACGCAGCUUUAUGCUGGGACAUUCAAAUCAGCAGAGAAGCUGAUAAAGCUGAGCCUGGGGAACAAUAACCUGGUGGACGUGGAUGAGGCUGCUUUUGAGAACCUGGAACAGCUCCAAGUGUUAGAACUGAAUGACAAUAACUUACAGAGCCUCAACGUGGCAGCCCUGGAAGCGCUGCCCUCCCUGCGGACUAUUCGCCUGGAGGGCAACCCCUGGGUGUGCGACUGUGACUUUGCCAAUCUUUUCAGCUGGAUCCAGGACAAUGCCUCCAAGCUCCAGAAAGGUCUCCACGAAAUCCAGUGCUCCCUGCCUGUGGAGAACAGGAGGAUCUUCCUGAAUGAGUUAUCUGAGGUCAGCUUCAGUGAAUGCAAGUUCAGUUUGUCUCUGACAGACCUUUUCAUCAUCAUCUUCUCCGGGGUCGCCGUCUCCAUCGCCGCCAUCCUGUCCAGCUUCUUCCUGGCCACCCUGGUGCACUGCUUCCAGAGGUGUGCUCCCAGCAAGGAUGAUGAUGAUGAUGAAGACAACAGUGAGGACUGAACUUAGUCUAUAUCUUUAAAUUUGCUUGGUCUAUAAGCUGUUAGAUCAUCAGCCAAAGUCUAGGAAGAAAAGGAGCAGAGUAAAAGCUUUACAUGAGCUCACAGGGUGGGAGGAUCCCUCUAAUCAGUGAUGGUCACAGGCAGCAGUGGCAGAGUUGGGACUCUCAGCUUUGCUUGCACUGAUGCAAUCAGCCCUGGUUAAUUUUGAUCCUUAAUCAAACACUGCAUUUAAAUUUGAGGAUUGGAAGAAAA